AUGGCUAUGGCCUUCUCGAUCCUCAGCUUUGCCUUCGCGCCGGCUUUGUUGGUCGUGGCCUUUCUCUUGGUCAAUAUCGUACGGGGCAUCCUAUCUCGCCUCUCGAGAAAUGCUGUUCUGCGCCAGAUCGACGGCCCAAGAAACGCGUCCUUUCUAGCUGGCAAUCUCCAGGACCUGUACGGUCUUCAAGGGCUGUCUUACCUCAAUGCGCUCUCCACAUAUGGAAGGAUUGUCAAGCUUCAUGGCUUGUUCGGUGACACACUCCUUGCCGUGUCCGACCCUCAUGUACUCUCGCAGAUCCUCAUCAACCAAGUACAAGACUUCCCCGCCAUCGAUAUAUCCGGCAGUCUAGACGCCCACACGUAUUUCACGGGUCUCGGGCUCCUCUCGACGAAUGGUCCAGAACACCGUCGCCAGCGCAAGCUCCUCAACCCUGUCUUCUCCCAUGCACAUAUGCGCAAUAUCGCCCCCCUCAUGCGCAAUAUAGCUUCGCAGCUGAAGAGCUUGAUUGCCCGUCGGAUUGAUGACGUUGCUAAGAACGGUAAAGAGCACAUACGCGAGUUAGACUGCGCAGAUAUCUUGGGACGUGCGGCGCUGGAGUUUGUCGCCCAGUGCGGCUUCGGCCAUACCUUCCAUGCAAUGGAAGGAGAUGCGAACAAGUAUGUAUCUGCCAUCAAGGACCUCGUACCGACUUUGGCGGCCUUAGGCGCGCUCCCUCAAGUCUUCGUUCUGAGCGGCGCUGCACGCCUGCCCCCGCGAUUGCUUCGCCUGCUUGGGAACAUGGCAUCGUUCGUAUCCCCAACGAUCCGACGCAUGAUGCAGCUCAGAGAUAUCAUGCAUGACGAGAUGCACGAUGCUUGGAAAGCGCGGAAGCUCGUGCAAGGAGGCGAGCAGAAUGAAGUGUUAGGGAUACUCCUCGAGGCCAACGAGAAUGGGCAGGUAUCUGAUGAGGAUAUGUCGGCCCAGGCUUUGACUUUGUUAUCUGCUGGCGCAGAGACAACCAGCACCACAUUAUGCCGCAUCCUGCACCUUCUGGCGCUGCAUCCAACUAUGCAAGACAAUCUUUGUCGGGAGGUAUUGCAGGCACUUUCCGUCUCCGACGGCGAUGGCACGCUGGACUAUGACACACUCAUGGCCUUACCCCUUCUGGAUGCGGUAUGCAAGGAGACCCUCCGCGUAUUUGCGCCGACAGCCGUGCGUCAUCGAAGGUGUAUCAAAGAGAGCGUCUUGUCGACCUCUGACGGAUCGAGUCUGCAUAUUCCAGCCGGAACCGAGAUAUUGGUGAAUGUGCAUGCAAUGAACAUUGACGCAGGGAUAUGGGGUCCCGAUGCAAGCGUGUGGCGACCCGAACGGUGGCUAGAACAGCAUGCAUGCAGUGAUGUGAAUACGCCGGGCGUGUAUGCAAAUAUGUUGUCAUUCAUGGCGGGUCCAAAGUCCUGCGUAGGGAUGAACUUCGCUAUUCUGGAGAUGAAGAUCACCCUCGCGACUUUACUCCCGUCCUUUCGAUUCAAACUGCCCGCGCCGGAUGUUGAAAUCGAGUGGCGGCUCGGGGUCACAGUCACGCCCAGCGUGAAAGGCUACAAGGGCUUGGACCCAAGGAUGCCGCUCCUCGUGGGGAUCAUAUAG